AUGGCAGCUAUUAGUCGAUCAAUGGCCAGCUUGAGAGCUCUACCGCGUCUCCAAUCGACCCGGUCCUUUGCAACCUCCCGACACCUCCGUGCUGCUGCUGCUGUGAAGCCGUUUUUCUCCAGUGAGCCAACUGGCCCGCAGGUUAACACCGCCAUUCCAGGCCUAAAGAAUCAACAAGCAACUGCGGAACUGGGAGAGGUCUUCGACGUUAGAAGCAUAAACAUGAUGGCAAAUUAUGACAGCAGCAUUGGUAACUACAUUGCGGAUCUUGAUGGCAAUAUGCUGCUGGAUGUGUGUUCACUGCCAUGGCUGGUUCCGAUGCCAACGAAACAGCUUAUAAAGCCGCUUUCAUCUGCUACCGCCAGCGUCAACGUGGUGGACCCAAUGUCGAAUUCACUGAAGAAAGAGAUCACCUCUAGUAUGGAAAACCAAGCUCCUGGUUCCCCACCACUGUCUAUUAUGUCCUUCAAAACCUCCUUCCACGGACGCCUCUUUGGAUCUCUUUCCACCACAAGGAGCAAGCCCAUACACAAACUGGAUAUCCCUGCUUUCGAUUGGCCUCAAGCCCCUUUCCCCAGACUGAAGUAUCCCCUGGAACAAUUUGCCGCGGAAAACGCACAGGAAGAGAAACGCUGCCUGGCUGAAGUAGAGCGUAUCAUCAAGGAGUUCCGCAACCCCGUUGCCGCCGUCGUUGUUGAGCCCAUUCAGUCAGAAGGCGGAGACAACCAUGCCUCCCCAGCUUUCUUUCAGGGUCUCCGUGAAAUAACCAAGCAAAACAACGUCCUCCUAAUCGUCGACGAAGUCCAAACCGGCAUUGGAGCCACAGGCAAAUUCUGGGCCCACGACCACUGGAACCUCCAAACACCCCCCGACAUCGUCACUUUCUCCAAAAAGGCCCAGGCAGCCGGCUACUUCUACGGGGACCCACAGCUGUGCCCCAAUAAGCCCUACCGCCAAUUCAACACAUGGAUGGGUGACCCAGCCCGCGCUUUGAUCUUCCGUGCCAUCAUCAAGGAAAUUGAACGGCUGGAUCUGGUAAAAAACACCGCUUCCACGGGUGAAUAUCUGUAUGCUGGUCUCGAGCGGUUGGCUCAGCAAUACCCGAGUGAAUUCCAGAAUCUGAGAGGGAAGGGGCAGGGCACAUUCAUUGCCUGGGACAGCCCGCAGCGUGAUGCGUUCUUGAAGAAGGGCAAGAGUGUUGGGAUUAAUAUUGGUGGGAGUGGGGAGAGGGCUGUGCGCUUACGGCCUAUGCUGAUUUUCCAGAAGCAUCAUGCCGAUAUCCUGCUCGAGUCUUUGGAGAAGAUUGUCAAAUCUUAA